AUGACAGAAAAUGUUCAUUACUACCAUUUCUUUGGUAGGUACUUUACUAGUUCCGAUAUGGUGCUAGUUCUUGCUGCCUUUUUUUUUCCUCCACUUUCUGUGUAUCUUCAGAAAGGAUGGUCUAAAGAAUUCUUGGUCAGUUUCAUUCUUACAGCUCUGGCUCAGAUCCCUGGAUUGAUUUAUUCUUUAUACUUGAUAUGGGAUUCUAGACAUCCCGAUGUCGAUUAUCAUCCUGUGGCCAAUGAUGUUGAAGCUUCUCAGACGCCCCCCUCUACUCCUCACGACUCUUCUGACCCUGCUCCAUUUAAAUCUUCCAAACCUGCCUACUCAGAUAAAGGUGGUCCAUCUUCCACCGGCUCUUCCAACACCCCGGCAUAUUUACCUCCUUCCUACGAUGAAGCUACUAAAAAUGCAGAACUACCUCAAACAGGUGACUUCAAGGUUCAGAAAUAA